UGAGUACUUAAAUAGAUGUCAAGAUAGAGCACACAAGCAGUCGCUAGUUGGUGAGUGAGCAGCAAACUACUAAACACAGGAGUCCCGCGGUACACUGACACCAGCGCUAUAGACUACCGGGCUAAAGAAUGUCUACCCCACGGUACCUGACCCUGGCCAUCACGGCGGCCAUCUUGGUUCCAGCCACCUGUUUGUUAGUCUCCUACACCCGUGAGGACAUCUUCAGACGGCCGGUACCAAACUUUGUCCGGACGGACAUCGGCGACAGAACGACCUUCACCCCAGAGGAGAAGCAGCGGAUCCUCCAAAUCGUCAACUCGUACAGGAGUAUAGUGGAGCCGCCUGCCUCAGGCAUGCGCGAGUUGAUGUGGGACGAAGACCUGGAGGAGUUCGCCAAAGACUGGACCCAGAAAUGUAUUGGCACCCACAGUCACAGGAACAUGACCAAAAAGUGGAUGAAAAAAAAACCUCACACCUGGAAGGUGUGGGACUACAUGGGGGAGGCACUCUACUACAAUCAUGGUUCUAAAUAUAGCAUCGAGGAAGCCUUUUGGAUGUUUUGGAAUGAAGGCAAAGAUUACGACAUCAACGAGCCAAAAUGUACACAUAAAUAUACAUGUGGUCACUAUCAAGUGAUAACGACAGCCAAGGCCCACAGGGUGGGGUGUGCCCUCAACAAAUGCCAACACUUCAGCAAAAGCACGUACCCAACCCCCGCCAUCUUUAUAGCCUGCUUGUUUGAUGCCCGAUACUUUGAGGAUGCGCGGCCGUACGAGGUGGGAGAGAGAUGCUCAGCGUGUGGAGGUUCCGGGUACAGCUUCCAGUACUGCAGGCACGGUCUAUGCAUCUCGCCUAAUAUGAGGAAAUACAACACUGGAUACGACGGAAGCACAGACAGCGUGGGCGUCACUGGGCUUCAGUAGAUGGUCACACCAUGUGGGCGUCAGUGGGCUUCAGUAGAUGGUCACAUUAUGUGGGCGUCACUGGGCUUCAGUAGAUGGUCACACAACGUGGGCGUCACUGGGCUGCAGUAGAUGGUCACUAUGUGGGCGUCACUGGGCUUCUGUAGAUGGUCACAUUAUGUAGGCGUCACUGGGCUUCAGUUGAUGGUCACACAAUGUGGGCGUCACUGGGCUUCAGUAGAUGGUCACAUUAUGUGGGCGUCACUGGGCUUCAGUAGAUGGUCACACAAUGUGGGCGUCACUGGCCUGUAGUUGAUGGUCACAUUAUGUGGGCGUCACUGGGCUUCAGUAGAUGGUCACAUUAUGUGGGCGUCACUGGGCUUCUGUAGAUGGUCAACAACACAAGCCGCCAGCUAUUGAAAGAAUGACAUCAUUCGUAUCAAGUUUCUGUUAAACUUUCUCUAACAAUAUUUAUGUGUUCACUAUUCGUAAUUUAUUUGAUUUACAUACACGAUGGUCAUAUAAUCAUUUCGUGGCAAUUUAAAAAAAAAUUCUUUCAAUAUCUACAAACUGUUCUUGUUACAAUAAACAUCACAUCGUA